AUGCUGAUCGAGGGUGACGUAUUUCUGCAAACAGCAAGACGUCCACGACAUCGUGCCAUCCCGGUAAUGAGAGCUGAUGCGAGAACAGCUGAUCGAAUCACAUUCAAAGAAUGGCUCAGAGAAGUGGCCAACCUUAAGAAAGCAAUCAAAAUUAACUUUCGAUCAACAGAAGUGGUUCGACCAGUGCUGCAAUAUCUUUACGCAACACAAGCUGAUCCACUAGCACCUGAACUGAAAUAUCCGGUCAUUCUUCACGCAAACGUUUUUCGUUCACCGCGAAGUGUUGAGAAUAUCGUGGAUCCAUCAUCAUUCGUCGAUCGGGCACGACGGCUUUUUCCAGAUGCGACAUUGUCAUUGGGAUGGACAAAACAGUCGAAUUUUUCAAUGCUUAGUCCGAAGCAUAAAGUACUCACGUGGAGGCAGCUUUUCCACAUUCUUGAGUACAUCGCUCGCCUAGAGCAGCCUGUUAUGCUAUGCGUUCGACUUUCAGUAGCAGCCAACUCGAAGGAACAACUUCUUUGGUUGUUAGGGAUGGACAAAGCAAUCUCUUUACUUAUAUGGAGCGAUUCUGAUGAUGAGGCCAUUGAUUGGGCUUCUGUGGCAGAAAUUCGUCGAAUAGCCACAAAAAAUCGAGUGCUCUACGAUUUAGAGCCGCAUCAUAGAGAGAUUAUUCAGCGAAUACCGAAUAAUCCUAGUGAAGUGCAGGUUUGUAUGAUUUUUUUCUUUCUUUUCCAAGAAGUAGAUCCUGCAGUCAAAUCAAGGCACUAG